CGUCACUUUAGCAGUCGUGUUUUUCAAAAGAUCCCUAUUUGUAGCACCGAGUUAAGAUUACGCGCGAAAAAUGUAAACAAAUCCUUGUUGGCGGUGCUCCUUGGCUUACUGUUUGGAGUCUGCUGCUGGACAAGGAAUUACUGUGGUGAUGGAGGAUGCAAGCAGAGACAGUCCCGACAUGAGUGAGUGUGAUGACAUUGACUUGGAUACACUGGCUGCAAUGCUGGACGAGGACGGCGUGAGUGAGCCAGAGGACAAGGCUGUGAGUGGUCCCAGUGGCUCAGAACCCUCUACCCUGAGUGAACUGGGUCUUGUGCUCUCAGAUGAGGAAGAGGACCAUCCAGCUCCCUCAUGCACCACACCUGUUUCUGCAUUUAGUAUUGCCUUCUCCCAGUCCAAGUUUUCUAAAGCACUCCCUGAAAAGAUGCAAAGUGAUACUACACCACCUAUUGAUCCACUAGAAUCUGAGCUGAGGGAAAUGGAGGCCCGGGUGAAGCUGCUGCGAGAGAAUCUUGCCAAAAAGAAAAAGUUGGAUUCUCAUGACUCCAAUACGUUCACCAAACUAACCACCACAUCUGACGAGGCAAGGAGGACAAACAGUCGAACUCUCUCAGCCACAGAGGAGUUAGAAUUGCAUAAGAGACUGAAGCGUAAAAGUGAACUGCAUUCCGGAGACACAGACUCAGAAGACGAGGAAGACAAUCGUAACCCCAUGGAGCAGCGCUACAACUCUCACGGCCGGGAUAUAAAACACAGGAUUGCUCACGAGUCUAAGGUCCAGAGGAAUGUAAGGAUGGAGAAGCCACUGCCCAGUAAGAGUGGGAGUGCUGUGGAUAGACCGGGAUGGAAGGAUGGUGAGGGAGCGCUGGUCAGCAUUGGCAGGAGUGGUAAUAAAGGUGGUGCUGCAUCCUCCCAACAUACAGAUGAAAAUGUUACUUUGGAUGCAUAUUCAGGAAUCAGGAUCAUCAAGCCACUGGUGUCUCAGGAAGUCAUGCGGGAGAGAAUGGAAGGAAGACGCAUGGUGCGGCUGUCCACUAUUAAACUUCAUCUCCGUGGUGGGGAGAUUGAGGGGGACUGGGCCACCAUAGCUGUCCUUGUUGCCAAAGGCAACCCCAAGGAUUCCCAGAAGGGAUCAAAAUACUGCAUUUGGAAGCUGAGUGAUCUGUCAGACUGUACCAAGACUGCUGCACUCUUCUUGUUUGGCAGUGCAUACAAGGCUCUGUGGAAGCAUAGUGUGGGCACAGUGUUUGGCAUCCUCAAUCCAAAAAUUAUGAAGGACAAGCCUGGUGAUGGAUUCUCCGACAUAAUUUCCCUUUCCAUAUUUGAGCCCCAGAGAGUCAUGAUAAUGGGCAUGUCCAAGGACUUGGGCUGGUGUAAGGGCAAGACUAAGAUGAAUGAACCAUGUCGAUCCUUUGUCAAUAAGUCUUCCUGCGAGUUUUGUGUAUAUCACAUCCAGCGGGAAUACCAGAAGACAGCAGCGAAGCGUGCUGUCAUACAGAGUUCUUUCACUCGUGUAGACCCCAAGCGACGCCUCCAGGAAAGGGUACUGGGGAAAGACCAGGUGUUUUAUGGUGGACAGCUGUACACUUCUCCAUCAUCUGGGCCUGCCCCAAAGCAACAUCGAGCCAACAGAGCCAAAGACUUAGCCACUCUGAACUCCCUUAAAAUUCAAAUGAAGGCAGAGGAGCUCAAGGCCAAAGACAAGUUGGAUAUUCCCAAACACUUCAAUGAAAGGGAAACCUCUGCUAUCAAGCACAUGGUUCAAAAGAAUGAAUUUCUGGGUGAGAAAUUACUGGCACCCACCCCUGGUGCUCGGAACCUCUUGAAGCACAUGGUCAAGGAGGACACUGAGAAGAAGCUGGCGACUGGAGCCGUCCGCAGCAUUACUGCAAAAGAACUGCUAGACAUGACACACCAAAACAUGCUGUCUAUGAGGAGGCAGCAGCAAGAGCAGAACCUGAAAGGAAAGAAAUCUUUAAGCUCAUCGGUGAGUCUCUCCUCACUGUCCUCAGCCAGCCAGUCACCUACAGAGCCUCAGCUAGCCAGAGGAGUUAAGCCAGGGGAAGAGGUAGAUCUUGGGAUCUCAUAUAAACAACUUGAUGCUGCCAAGGCAAAGGCAGUGGCACUGAUCCAGAGAAAGGGAGGUAUUCUUUCUGCAGAUCCCAAUGCAGUCAAGAAUAAGGACAAGGCUGUGCUUCCAGAAUUUCAGAGCAAAGUACAAAAACGUCUCAACUCUUCUGAUGAUGAUGUGACUGAUUCAGCAUGUAAAAAAUCUAAGCUGACUGAAGCUGUGAAGAACAGCAAAAUUCGGUCCAGCCUUGGUCCAUUGGAUAUAAAUUCAGAUAAAUUCAAGGACAUGAUGGAGAAGAAGUCUCGUCACAACAAUCUUAUUGAUGUGGUAGAGAAUCAGGCCAUGGAAAAGUAUUACCAAGGUUUGGAGAAAAGAGAGAUGUUGGAAGAGAAGCUUUCUUCUGUCAUGGAGCUCAGCAUCACUGCCUAUGUUUGCAUUAAGUGUAAAUACAUGUCUGAAAAGGCCUCAGAUCUUUGCAAAGAAGAGAAUCAUCAGCUAAAGACUGUUACUGCUAAGAAGAGAUUUUUUGAAUGCAAGAACUGCAAACAACGCACAUCAUCUCUAGACAAGCUGCCAAGGAAAGCUUGUGCCAACUGUGACCGUAGCUCGUGGUGUCGUGUGCCCAUGGGCAAGAUCAAAAAAGGACCCAAGCUGGACUCAGAAAUAUUAAGUCUGAGAGGGGAUGAACUCAAGCAUUAUAGUGGCAGCAGUAAUCAAGUGUAUCUUCAUGUUUAAAUGGUGUUGCAAAGUGUGUGUGUGUGUGUGUGUGUGUGUGUGUGUGUGUGCGCAUGUGUGUGUUUACCAAGCUAUAGUAUAGGACCUGAGCCAUAUUGUUAAGGUUUUUGCUGCAUAUCUUUAAUUUCCCUUUAGUUGAUGUACUUUCCUUGCUUCUAACACAUUUUUUGUCUACUCCAGAUAUUUUUAUUGGAGAAGCUGUAGUUUUUAGAUCAUUCUAAAACUUUUCCUCUUAAAUUUCCAGCUUUUUUUUUUUUUUUUCCUUUUCAUUAAUUUAUUAUAGAUUACAAUUAGGUUUUCCAUUUUGCUUUUGGUCUUUCCUUUUAAUUUUUUUUUAGCUCUGGUGUCAUCUUAGUUAUUCUUUGUGCUCUUUACAAUUUCUUGAUGUUUUUGUGUGAGGAGACCAUGCAAAUUGAGCAUAUUCCACUUUUAAUCUAAUUGUUACAGAAAUUUUGUUCUUUAUCACAUAUUUUUCAACAAAAUGAAAAACCUUCACUAUGUUCCUCACCAUCAUAAACAUAUCUCCAUAUAUCUUAUAUGUUUUUUCUGAUGAUAAGUUACCCAGUACCACUAUUCUCUUUUGAUCUUUGUCUUCAUUCACUUUUCUAAUUACCUAAUUUUCCCAACUUAAAAGCCCAUAAAGGUCUGUUUACUUUCUUUCCUGAUUUCAUCACAUUCCAUUUAUUCUCCUGAAAUGUGCAUUUUAUAUUUUGUAGUCUAUUCAUAUAUCUUAAUUAGAAUAAUUUGCAGAUUCCCACAAUCAUUGUGGUUUUCUAAACAAUUUUAUAUUGCAUAUGUGGAAAUAAUCAUGUAACUACUUACUCUUUCAAGCAUAUUUACUCAUUGAAGCACACAAUUUACACAUACAGGAGGUCCCUGAGUUACACCGAGUUCCAUUCCUAAGCCAUGGUGUAAACUGAAAUUCAGCGUGAGUCAGAACAAGUCUAGGUAAACACCAAAACUGACAACACUUCCUUCCUCAGUCUAUCACUGCAUGACAAAAUAUUCCUCUGCCAUGCUCACAUACUAGUUCUUUGUAUUUUUUGUUAAUUUUUAUCUGAUUGUAAUACAUAGUAUAUAUUUUUGUUUGCUUUCUUUCUUUAAUUUUAUAAAAAAAAAUGUGUUUGGUGUAGUAUGUGUGUGGUGUAGUCUAAAAAGUAAGAGAUGAGUAUAUUGAAGGGCGUGCUGGUUCCCUCAAGGUGAGUAUAGCAUUGAAAAAAAUAAAAUAAGAAAAUUAAUAAUCACCAAAGAGAAAUUAACAUAACUACAAAAAGGUUUAAGUUGAGACCACCAUUAACCAAGGACUCCCUGUACUGAAAAUAUCACCUGUUUUAACACUGAUUGCUGUGGUACUUUGUUACUUUCUUCACUCCAGUUUUUCGUCUCUUACCACCAUUCUCACUUCUUUCUAUUAGUUUCUUUUUUUUCUUUCUUUUUCAGUCUUCUCAUGUUUUCUAUUUUCCCUUCAGUCUUCUCGUAUUUCCUAACAGAUGAGGGGUUUCCAGUUUCUUUGUUCUGUCCCUUCUAGUUGUCUCUUACAAUGUAAAUGUAAAGGUAGUAUUCUUACAAUGUACAAAGAAUGUUAAGGCAGUAUUCUUUACAGAAUGUGUGACCAGGCUGUUCCCUAUUGCAGCAGAAAUGCUACUAAUUUUUAUCUUAUAUGGUGAAAACUUAACCCCCUGCUAUAGACAUUCCUCUGUCAAGUGAUGCAUCAAGGUACCUGUGUUUUUUAUUGAUAUAUUAUUUUUUUAUAUUUUUUUUCUAUUUAUUUGUUGUUCAUGAUGUACAGUAAAACACAAUAUACACAGGUGUACUUGGCUUACAACCAUAAUUUAUUCUAGAGUUUGGCACUGGAAGCAAAAAAAACACUUGAAUGGAAAGACUAUUCUAAAAAAAAUAAAUAAAUAAUAAUAAGAAAAAAGAAAAAAUAUUUUGUCAAACAGCAGCAAACAAUGGAUAAACAAUAUCUUCUAUCUACAAUGUAUACCAUAGUCUUUACUCUUAGAAAAUGUACCAGUAAAGUCAUAAAAUCAUUACAUAUUUUGCACACACCCAAGUGAUGAGUUUGUCAUGUGUCAAGUUAGCCACCAUAAGUAGCUAGAAAAAUGUAAUGUUUUUUGACCAGGUAGUGUGUUGGUUGUAAGUCAAGUAUGUCAUAUGCAGAGUACCCUCACAAUUUAUAUAUAAUUGAAAAACUGUGAAAGAAAGAUUUUUGUCCAUUAAAUGAAAUAUCAGGCUAAAUAUGAAUAUAUAUAACUAUAAUAAUACAUAUAACUAUGUAUGUAUUGUUUGUGAUUUAAAUUAAUGAAAGGAAACUUUGUAGUGGCUAAUAAAUUAAAGUUUCUAUAUUCUGUGACAUUACUUUUAACUGGAGCUUCAUCACUUCUGCUAUGAUAAAAGAGAAAAUCCAUUCUCAGGAGCAAUUUUUAUAUUUAUAUUUAUUUUUAAACUUAGAAAAAUUUUAUAACUUAUUAAUAAAAAAAAACUUGCA